GCGGCGUCCCUGCGGAGCUGGCUCGGAUUUUGAGUUCUGGGCGUGUUGUGUCAGAGCUUUCCCUCACGUGGAUUCUGCUCUCGCUCCGUUCCUGGGUCAGUUCUCUGUCAGACCUGCGGCGUUUCUGCUCCGCUCGACAUCUCCACGUUCUUCGGAAUUAGAAUAUUCAAACUCACUCUCUUGUUUCUUGCUAGCAGUUCUGUUUACGAAAGCUGCCAAAACGUCAUGUAUUUUUUUUAUUUUAAUUGCGUGCUUUGCUGCUGGAGGUGGCACCUAGGUGUUUCUAAUAUCAAACGAUGAACGAUUUUCCAAAGCCUCGCUUUGAGCAAAGUCAGGAAUCGCUAGCGCAGAGGCUGAGCCUUGUGCUGAGGCUGGCUGUCUCGUGAUGUCUCGUGGUUCAAAGCUAUGCUAACUAACGCGUUCCCUCCGAGCAGCCUCUGCUGGGCCGCCCCGCCCUGCGCCUCGCGCCUCACGCCUCACUGCCUGCUGGGCUCCGCGCUGCCUCCUGUUCUGUGCCAGUUGUGAGGCAGAAGUGAAGGAUGUUGGUUAAUGGAGACAUCAGUUAAAGUCACCUUGAGAUGGUGAUGACGACCCACAACUCUCCUGGGUGGCUUCAUCUCCCUCCAGCAAAGAUGUUGCAUCACCCACUCAGAUGAUAGGAGAUGGGUGUGAUCUCGGCAUCGGGGAGGAGGAAGGGGGGACUGGCCUGCCGUAUCCCUGUCAGUUUUGUGAUAAGUCCUUCAUUCGCUUGAGCUACCUUAAGAGACACGAGCAGAUCCACAGUGACAAACUACCUUUCAAAUGUACCUACUGUAGCCGGCUUUUUAAACACAAGAGGAGUAGGGACCGUCACAUAAAGCUUCAUACGGGGGACAAAAAGUAUCACUGCCACGAGUGCGAGGCCGCAUUCUCUCGCAGCGAUCACCUCAAAAUUCAUCUGAAAACCCACAGCUCCAGCAAACCAUUCAAGUGUACUGUGUGUAAACGUGGGUUUUCAUCUACCAGCUCAUUGCAGAGUCACAUGCAAGCUCAUAAAAAGAACAAGGAACAUAUGGCAAAGUCUGAGAAAGAGGUGAAGAAGGAUGAUUUUAUGUGUGAUUACUGUGAAGAGACAUUCAGUCAGACUGAAGAAUUGGAGAAGCACGUAAUGACACGCCACCCACAGCUUUCUGAGAAGGCAGAUUUGCAGUGUAUUCAUUGCCCUGAAGUAUUUUCAGAUGAAAACUUAUUGCUCUCACACAUUCAUCAAGCCCAUGCCAACAAAAAACACAAGUGCCCUAUGUGCCCAGAGCAGUUUUCUUCAGUGGAGGAAGUCUAUUGCCACUUGGACAGCCACAGACAACCUGACUCCAGCAAUCACAGCAUCAGCCCUGACCCAGUCCUGGGGAGUGUGGCAUCCAUGAGCAGUGCGACUCCCGACUCCAGCGCAUCGGUGGAGAGAGGUUCCACCCCAGAUUCGACCUUAAAGCCUUUGAGAGGGCAAAAGAAAAUCAGGUCUGUGGACAGAGAGGACGGCCAAAAUUGGUCUAAAGUUACUUACAGCUGCCCAUACUGCUCAAAGCGCGACUUCAACAGUCUUGCUGUGCUUGAGAUCCACCUGAAGACCAUCCAUGCAGACAAACCUCAGCAAAGCCACACAUGCCAGAUCUGCCUUGAUUCCAUGCCUACGCUGUACAACUUGAAUGAACACGUGAGAAAGGUGCACAAAAACCAUGCUUAUCCAAUGAUGCAGUUUAGCAACAUUUCUGCCUUUCACUGUAACUACUGCCCUGAGAUGUUUGCAGAUAUCAAUAGCUUACAGGAACACAUCCGUAUUACUCACUGUGGCCCAAAUGCUACUCCUCAAGAUGGUAACAAUGCUUUCUUCUGUAACCAGUGCUCAAUGGGCUUUCUGACUGAAGCAACUUUGACUGAGCAUAUUCAGCAGACUCACUGCAAUGUAGGAAAUUCAAAACUGGAUUCCCCUGUCAUUCAGCCAACACAGUCUUUUAUGGAAGUUUAUUCAUGCCCUUAUUGCACAAACUCCCCCAUUUUUGGCUCCAUCCUGAAGCUUACAAAGCAUAUUAAAGAAAACCACAAGAACAUUCCUCUGGCACACAAUAAGAAGUCAAAAGCAGAGCAGAGUCCAGUUUCUUCUGAUGUUGAAGUCUCUUCCCCUAAAAGGCAACGGCUUUCUGCUAGUGUAAACUCGGUGUCUAAUGGUGAAUAUCCAUGUAAUCAGUGCGAUCUAAAGUUCUCAAAUUUUGAGAGUUUUCAAACUCAUUUAAAGUUGCACUUGGAGUUGCUGUUGAGGAAACAGUCUUGCCCUCAGUGUAAAGAAGACUUUGAUUCCCAGGAGUCUCUCCUGCAACAUCUCACCGUACAUUACAUGACAACUUCAACUCAUUAUGUAUGUGAGAGCUGCGACAAACAGUUUUCUUCAGUGGAUGAUUUGCAGAAGCAUUUGUUGGACAUGCAUACUUUUGUGUUGUAUCACUGCACCCUUUGCCAAGAAGUUUUUGAUUCCAAGGUAUCUAUCCAAGUGCAUCUGGCAGUCAAGCACAGCAAUGAAAAGAAGAUGUAUCGUUGCACAGCCUGUAACUGGGAUUUUAGGAAGGAGGUGGAUCUCCAAAUCCACGUGAAGCACAGUCACUUGGGGAAUCCAUCAAAGUCUCACAAGUGCAUCUUUUGUGGUGAGACUUUUAGCACAGAGGUAGAACUGCAGUGCCACAUCACAACUCACAGCAAAAAAUACAACUGCAAGUUUUGUAGCAAAGCUUUUCAUGCCAUCAUCUUGCUUGAAAAACACUUGCGGGAAAAACACUGCGUUUUUGAUGCUAGCACUGAAAAUGGUACAGCUAAUGGCAUGACCCCAACAAAUAAGAAGACAGAAGGGGCAGAUAUCCAGAACAUGUUAAUGAAGAAUCCAGAUACCUCCAACAGUCAUGAGGCCAGUGAGGAUGAUGUAGAUGCUUCUGAGCCCAUGUAUGGCUGUGACAUCUGUGGCGCUGCCUAUACUAUGGAGGUCCUCUUGCAAAACCAUCGCUUGAGAGAUCAUAACAUCAGGCCUGGGGAGGAUGACUGCUCUAGGAAGAAAGCGGAGUUCAUCAAAGGUAGCCACAAGUGUAAUAUCUGCUCAAGGACCUUUUUCUCAGAAAAUGGCCUGAGAGAGCACAUGCAGACCCAUCGAGGCCCAGCAAAGCACUACAUGUGCCCCAUCUGUGGGGAGCGCUUCCCAUCGCUCCUGACCCUCACUGAGCACAAAGUCACUCACAGCAAGAGUUUGGAUACAGGAACGUGUCGGAUCUGCAAAAUGCCGCUGCAGAGCGAGGAGGAAUUCAUCGAACACUGCCAGAUGCAUCCAGAUCUCAGAAACUCCCUCACCGGGUUUCGCUGUGUUGUCUGCAUGCAGACUGUCACCUCUACGCUUGAGCUGAAAAUUCAUGGGACGUUUCAUAUGCAGAAACUGGCAGGAAACUCUGCGACCUCAUCACCCAAUGGCCAGGCCUUGCAAAAGCUCUACAAGUGUGCACUGUGCUUGAAAGAGUUCCGGAACAAGCAGGACUUGGUAAAAUUGGAUGUGAAUGGUCUUCCCUAUGGCCUUUGUGCUGGAUGCAUGACCAGGAGCACCAAUGGACAGUCUUCAGGCUUGACUCCACAGGAGGUGAACGAGAGGCCGUGUGGCAGCCUGAGGUGCCCUGAGUGUAGUGUCAAAUUUGAAAGUGCUGAAGACCUGGAGAGCCACAUUCAGGUUGACCACCGAGACCUGACACCUGAGACUAGUGGCCAAAGGAAAGGUACCCAGACGUCUCCUGUUCCCAGGGUGAGUACAGCUGAACUUUGGAAUGUCAGAAGGAUUAUAUGUAGAUUUUUAAUGUGACUGAGAAGCUUUUUU